GUCGUCAUCAUUAUCAUCAUCAUCAUCAUCAAAAAACUAACCAAAACCAGAAAACGAACGCUCAAAACCAACAAAAACGAAUUAUCUCUCUCCCUCUCCCAAAAAAAGAAAGAAAGAAAAAAAAGAGAUCAAGUAUUUUUUUUCCUUUUUCAAUUAUGAGGACAAAUUGCGGUUAUGAAGCUAGCUGACUUCGGAGUUCGAACGCAAGCCAUGGCGGCAACCGAAACAGUUCAGAAGAAACGUAGAAGAUUAAACGACGACGAAGAAGCUGAAUUCAAAGUAACUUCAUCAACGACGUCGUAUAUCCAGUUAAGAAGCCAGAGAAUUUUGGUAGAUCAUCAUCGUCUUAAUGAAAAUGCGCGUUUGAGCCCUAACACUGAUCAUGAUGAUGACGUGUCAUGUUGUUCAAGCAAUAUUGGAUCGAGCUCGAAAAGGAUUAUCGAAUUGCCAGAUCUGGAGGAUGAGAGUAUUGAAGUUGAAACAUCCACUCAUUUUAGCAGCAGAGAAAGCAGGAGAGAACUGAAACCGUCGAGUGAGCUCCGAGCAGAAGCAGAAGACCUGGAUUCAACGUCGAGGCCGUCAGAGGCGAACUCUCGCCGUGUAUCAACGGCGGAGAAUAAGCCAACAGAAGCUGAACUCGAAGAAUUCUUUGAUGUUGCAGAGAAAAAACUUCAAAAACAGUUUGCUGAAAAGUAUAACUACGAUAUUGUCAAGGAUGAGCCGUUGGAAGGACGUUACGAGUGGGUUCGAUUAAAGCCAUGAAGAAAAAACCCAAAAAAAAAGGAAAAAACAAGAAAUAAAUUAUUUAGAGGAAGAUCAAGCAAGCAAUGUCUCUUAGGUACUACUACUAAUUUAAAAUUUCAGUUUCUCUUUACUGUUCUAGGGUUUUCUUUUAUGUACAGAAAUGAGAGGAAGAUAGAAGGGAAGAAGCUGUUAGUCUGUUUUUUGGAAGAAAAAAUGGGGGAAAAUCAGCUUAGGGAAGAACAAAAAAAAAAAAAAAAACAGUUAUCGAACAACGAAAUUCUGUUUGAAGUAUAUAUUUUGCUGGUUUUAGGAAAUUUUUUGCCCAAAAAAUUCGUGUCUGUCUCUUCUGCUAAAUUCUGCUGCUGCUUCUCGCUUCCCUCUUUCUGGUACACCUACUGUAUCUUUCGUCAGUUAGUAAUUCUUAGUAGCUUUGUAGUAACUUUUUUGGAUUAAUUUAAUUUAAUCCAAUAAAAUUUACUAACUCUAACAGAAAGCUCUUUUUUUGUUUGUCUUUUUCUGUUUUUUAUUUGAUUAUUGUAAUUGUGAAUUUUUUCUUUGGAAAUUCUGGAAAUGUCAUCGACUAUAAAUAUAGUUUGUUAAUUAAAAAAAAGAGCGAAUGAUUACAUGAGGUGAGAAUACAUGGGGAUAA